AUGGCGGAACUCUGUCCGCUUGACUCCAGAGGGUGUCAUUUUUUUUUCCUAUAUGAUGGCUCCAAGGUGAAGGGAGAGGGAGAUCCAACUAGCAAAGGGAUAUGUUACUUCUAUCCCGAAGAGACACCUAUAGAUAAGCAGGAACUGCUUUGUGGGCAACUUGCUGGAGUUGGCCGUUGCAUUUCGGAGCUUUCUUCCUCCCCUGUGCGCUUCCUGAGGCUGCGUCGCCAUAAGUUUGCAAUCCACAUGGAAGACGACUUCUUUUGGGCUCUGGGCUGCUCAAUGGAAACUCCCACUAUUAGUGUCUGUGAGCUACUGGAUAAGCUUAUAAACCUCUUUUGUUUCUACAAUGGCUCUGUGCGCCAGAGCUACCAGCUUCAAAGUCGGGAAACCUUGGCUGCUCGUUGGUCACGGUAUCUGUUACACGUGCUUACUGGACCUUCUGAGCUUCAUCUCGUCUUUAGCUCCUUGUCCACAAUUGAUUCAACAAACGUUGACCCACUUCUGCUGCUCAAGGCUGCCCUUAUUCUACAGGCCUGUCAGCGCUGCCCUCUAGUGUUAGCAGGCUGCAUUCUUUUCAGAGGCAGAGUGGUGAGCACACAGAUGUCCCCAGCUCUGACCAUGAAAGUUAUGGUUCAUGAGAGUGAAAACUUCAAGGUGCAGUCACCCAAAGCUCUGAGCCCAUCAUGCUUAUUCGAUGAUGCUGUCAGUUCUACGUCUGUGUUCCUCACCAUGUUUGAACUUCAGUACCUGCAGUCUGCUCCUGUUGACAGAGAAUCAUGGUCCCACACUACUCCAAUUAAAGACCCUCCCCUAUGUAAUAGCUUGUCAAGAACACCAUCAGAUACAGCCUCUUCAGAGUCUCUGCUUUCUGAUUCAUCGUUCUCCCAAAAAGGAACUUUGAGCUUGUCUGAAUCUGCCAACUCUGUUUUCGGCCUAGUUCAGUCACAGAACCCCAGACCAAAUGGAGACGCUUCCCAUGGAGCUGAGCAUGAAGUUCUACAAAAUAUGAACUAUGAUAGUUUACACACAAGUGGAGGAGAACAAGGCAACUCUGAGAACAACACAAACUCAUGCGUCAAUGGAAAAGAUGAGUGCAGUGGAGGGACAGAGCUCUGCAAUGAGGAAUCACAGGAUCCUGGAUUGGAAAGGGAGGAUAAAACUGUACCCGUACACCCAGAUGACACCCCUCUGGUCCCCAUGACACUCUACCUGCACAGGGUCAAGAGCCUGGUGCUGGCCCUACUGGUGGAGCCUCAUUUCUUAUGUGACCAAGCUGCCAUGGAGGAAGUGUAUCACAGCUGCUUAGCUUCGCUUAACGGACUCGAGGCCCAUCUGAGGAGCAUCUCUCCAGGGGCGCCGACCACUGCGGGACCCUUCAUCUUUUCCCAUUAUGACUGCACUCAGAGCACGCUAAUAACCAACCUGUCUGCCCGACCAAGGGGACCCCCCGAGCGUCCUUUUGUCAGAGCCACAUCACUUCUUCACUCGCAUUUCUGUAACACUGAAACUCUGCAGGAGGCUAUUAUCAGGAAUGCUUCUGCUGCUGUCUACGGGGUCCGCAGCGUGGCUCAGGAGACAUAUUUCAUGCAACACGGUGUCGCGCUGAGGAACUCGGGCAUCCCCAACCACCAGGACAGCGCGUUCUCCCUCCCCAGCAAGGCUCGGCACAGACUGCUCAAACAUGGCGUCAAUUUACUGUGA